AUGGAGACUCCGGAUCGCCGCGAUUGCCGGGGUGCCGAUUCAACAGCGAAUUCGGUGGGGCCUGACGAUUCAGACUUGGAUGAGGAGCCGGCCAGGGGCUCCGAGUACCAGGCUAUUUGUGACGAGAUAUUAGCCCCAAAGCAAGCCUGCAACCGCUGUCGGCGGCGCAAGAUACUGGAUGAAAUGAAGGGAAAUAUUGAUAAUCUGUCACAACUGUCAACGACGUCUACACGAAUUGCCCAAGAAUCGAGUUCAGAAGCCCACCUGAAUUCUAAUGGUGAUUAUCAUGACACAACAUAUUCUGAUGGCGAGCUAGAAGACGAGCCUUCUUUUUUGAACCAUGCUCUAUUUGCAAGUCAGAUCCUGAAUGGUCAUAUCUCGGAGUCCAGUUGUUCAAAUGACCUGGUCCGGAAGAUGGCGUCGUCUUUAGAUAGAUUGCGCGAAGUUGUUUAUUCCCAAAAACGACAAAAGGCCACGCUGCAAACCCUUUAUCCGCAUUCAAAGACUAUUGUGCUUGGGAGUGACUUCAAUGAUCUUCCGAUCCCGCCUGUUGAGAUCAGUCUGGAGUGCUUGCAAAGAGCCAAAGAAAGCCAACAUGUACAGUUCUUUUGGCUGAGCGAAUUCGUCUCCCUGUCUCAGUUCACUGAAUACCUGGUCAAAGUUUACUCACCCGGGCCUAACUCCAACACUGAUCUGAUUAUUGUUCUCGGUGGCAUGUUUUGGCUUUUUUGUGAAUGCGCUCUGGAGGCCACUAAUAAAAAAACACGGGAAGAGUAUUGGAAUCAGGCCGCAGUUUGCCGAGAGACUUUGGAGACCAUCUUAUAUCAUCUACCGUUUCACGCCUCGGUUGGUUUCGACUCUGCUCUAGCCAUGAGUGUCGCGGCAUCUUAUUGUUUUCGAUCCGGCAAGCUAUCGGCAGCCUGGGGUUUUCUUGUUAACGCAGUGCAUCUCUGCCAAACCCUAGGUUUUCAUAAUCCGCAUGUCUUGCGCAUUGAUUGCCAAGAGUUCAGACAGCGCAAAGCAAAAUUAUUGUGGAGUGUCUAUACUCUAGAGCGAACUCUUUCAUUUCAUUUCGGCAGGCCAUCUACUUUCAACGACAAUGAUAUUGCCUUGCCUCGGUUGGACAUCUCUCCAGAUGAAACGAUGGACUCACCGUUCAAUAUUACACUCACUAAACACAUCCAUAUAGCAGCCAUUAGAGGGAGGGUAUAUAAUGAGAUCUAUAGUCUCAGGGCUCUGUACCAACCAAUUAACAUAAGAGCCUCUCGCGCAAGGAGCCUUGCUAGUGAGUUAGUCAGUAUCGUGGAGCAUGAGGACGAGUUUGAGAGAAGAUACAAUGAAGCCAGACGUCGCGCGUUAGGAUCAACCCUACACGAGCUUUUUCUUCGGGCUGCCAGGAUCAGUGAAUUGUCGCUUUUGACGCUAUUAUAUCGUGGCAUACCACCUGAAAAUCCAUCCAAUGCAGCCUUCUGCGACGAGUGUUUCGCUGCUGCCAGAGCUGCGUUAGAGGAACAUCAACGCAGCGUAUCCAUAAUCACUAGCGCUCAUGUAAAAGGACAUCCGCUUGACCUCUAUGUAAAUUGGUCCUUCCUUCUGUUUCCGUUUUUUCCUUUCAUAGUUCACUUCUGCCAUGCAGUUCAGACAUGUGAACAAAGAGACCUCCAUCUACUCAAAAGCGUCGUCGAAACCCUUGAAUCGAUAUCCGAGUCAGCAUUCUACCAGACCUGUAGCAAGCAGAUCCGCCUUUUUCGGGCUCUAUAUGAUAUCGCGGAGAAUUAUACUGAGUUUAAAACCAGUGAAUCUGAGCAACAGAUAGCUAACAGUGAUUUGAACACAAUGCUGACCACUAUGGGUGCUCCGAUUCUUCCCCAAUCGUCAGCGUCUCUUGCACAUUCAAUUGAUACAGCAGCUAUUGAUGGGGCUCCUACAUCUGGGAUAGAUAACCCUGCUUUGCACAACUGGAGUUCGGGGUUCGAAUAUACUUCAGGAGGGCCAUCUACUGCGGGUGUCCAGUCCAGCAUUGACACAAAAAAAGCAACUAUGAAGUACCGUGGCGUCGUCUACGAUGUCGGACUAAAGUUCGAGGAGAGCAAGUAUUCGGUCGAGCCGUUCGAUCCUGCUCAGGUAGAAUACGACAUGCGAAUCAUUGCCAACCAGCUGCACGCUAAUGCAGUGCGACUCGAGGGAGAGGAGAUCACCCGACUGGAAACGGCUGCACGCGCUGCUCAUUCGGUGGGUCUAACUGUGUUUUUCAAUCCCUGGAAGAUGAAUGAGGGCGUCGAAGGGACCCGCGCCUAUUUUCAAAAGGCCGCACAGGCGGCCGAACGAUUAUGUCAAGAAGGGCUUGAUUUGGUCUUCGUGGCUGGCUGCGAGUAUACGAUCUUUAGCAAGGGGAUCUUUCCUGGCGACUCGUUCUAUGAACGAGCAAUGUGGCUUGGUGCUCAGUUGACGAGCGGUAAUAUUUCGGAUGAUAUCCCUCCAGCCGUGCGAGGCAAGUCCGUCGAGCUGAAUAAAGUAUUGCGCUCUUUCGCGGAAGUUAUUCGCGCCGAAUUUGGGGGACUGUUGACAUAUUCAUCUGGCACCUGGGAGUUGGUAGACUGGGACAUCUUCGACAUAGUGGGUAUCGACUAUUAUCGGCGAGGCGAGACCGAGGAAAAGUAUGUAUCAGGACUCGAGCGUUACAGGUGCGAUAAGCCCCUUGCGGUUAUGGAGCUCGGGUGCUGCGCCUACGAGGGAGCUGCUAAACGAGGAGACGGUGGUUUCAUGCUUCUGAAACGUACGAAUCCGGAUGGUAGCGGCGUGUUUGAAGACGAUGUCGUCCCGACCAGGAGCGAGCGUGAGCAGGCCGAUUAUCUAAGCAUACAGCUCGGUCUUCUUGCUGCUGUGGACGUCCACGCGGCUUUCGUCUUUGUCUUUGCGUUUCCGUGCAUGCCAACAGGGGAAGGGUGCCGGGAUCUUGAUAUGAUGUCUUUCUCGUUGGUCAAACAUUUUCCUGCUGAGGAUUCGAGGUCGAAGGGUAUGCCUCCAUGGGCGCCGAAGGAAUCGUUUCACAGGGUCGCUGAGGUCUUUCGCUCUAUGCUUGAGUCCGAUCCACAGUCGCUUACUGUAUCUUGA